GGUGCAUUGAGUUAAUGUAUUAUGUCGUACGUGCGUACCUUAUUUGGGUUGCUUUUGGAUGUCUCACUCCUAUCUGAUGUUGCAUGUUGGCUUGGAGGAACAAUCGAGGCUGUAUCGCACUACUGUUCUUUGUUCAACAAAGAGUCUGUUGAAGAAAUUAAAAAAAAAAAAAAAAAAAAACAUAUACAAAAAAAAGACAGCCGCCGGACUUGGCCCCGCCCUGAGCACCUGUUCAACAAAUAUGUGCUAAGAGCCUGAAGCGACAACCCGGCCCGCUCUCAGUUCUUAAAUACCCACUCCGCCUCUGGACGACCCUGCCUUACCUUGGGUACGCCUGUUACCUGAGGUACCGUACCUUUUGCACAAGAGUUACUUGAGCUGCUAAGCUUGCUUACCUACCUACCUACCUCUCAAGCCUCUCUGGCCCCCACUGCCUGCCCCAACUUACCUAAGUCACUGUACCAAAUAUUACCAAACUGCGCGCUAUUCUCUCUACCCCCGUGCCUGUCUUGCUCUGUCAGUUCCUUCUUUGUACACGACAACUCUCGACAAAUCAUUUUGUGUUCACUCAGAGCUCCGGCUCUUGUCACGAUUAAAGGGGUCUUUACUGCGAUCCAGAAUACCCCUCUGGUCUUAUUCUCUUCGCCAGGAGUGACUGAAGUCGGUACGAAACCGGCUUCUUGUUUCCUUGGCGCCUUACCGACCUGUACUACCACAAUUGACAUCAGCGGCUUGCUUGCCGCUCGCCGACCUCCAGCCGCUACCGCCGCCGCCGCUGCUACAGACUGUCCGGUUGUUGGACUUGUACUGCGGUCGGUCGGCCACCAUACUCACUCAGUUUGCGCCAGCGUACGGCGCGAUCGCUACCAACCAAUCUUUUUUAUUUAUUUUUAUUUAUCAGUUUCCAGUUUCAUUACUUAUCGCUUCUAUCACUAGUCUAGUAGCAUCCGCUACGGCAAACGGAACUCCGUCACGAGUCUUUUUACUGUCAUUGGGAUUCGACCGACGGUCGGCUUCAACAACUCCACACUAUGGCUGCCACAAUGUCAAACGCAACCUCUCCCACGCCUCAGUUCCCGCCCACGACACCGGGAUACACGUUUCCUGUCGACAAACUUCGGACUCGCCAGACGCAAAAUGAAAGGACUCCUUUGGUGCUGGUGGCCUGCGGGUCGUUCUCGCCCAUCACAUACUUGCACUUAAGAAUGUUUGAAAUGGCUCGUGACCACUGCAGCCUAAACACAAACUUUGAGGUUGUCGGCGGCUAUAUCAGCCCCGUGUCGGACGCAUACAAGAAGGCUGGCCUCGCUCCGGCACACCACAGGAUCAACAUGUGCAAGCUGUCACUAGCAUCAAGCUCUUGGAUAAUGGUCGACGAGUACGAGACAUCGGUUCGGAACCCGACGACAAACGAGCCCGCCUACACUCCGACAGCCCAGGUCCUAGCCAAGCUGGACCACGAAAUCAACACCGUUCUGGGUGGAAUUCAGUCAGCAGAUGACCCAAACAAGAGGACACGCGCACGCAUCUGUCUGCUCGCCGGCGGUGACCUUGUGCUCACCAUGUCAACACCGGGCCUCUGGGCUCCUAGCGAUCUCGACGUAAUUCUUGGACCCAAAUUCGGCGCCUUCAUCGUAGAGCGCUCGGGUACCGACACUGAAGAGGCACUUGCGAGUCUCCAGCGGUACAAGGACAACAUCUGGGUAAUUCCACAAGUCAUUCAGAAUGAUGUCAGCUCAACCAAGAUCCGCCUGUUCCUUAAGAAGAACCUCAGCAUCCGUUACUUGAUCCCAGACCCUGUUGUCAGGUACAUAGAGGAGCAUGGUCUGUUCAACGGCGAGUUUUCCGGCGCCAGCAGCUCUAAGGAGGCAGAACCAAGUCCUUCUACCGCUUAGACAGCAUAUACCAAUUACUUGGUCAAACUUGGCUUUUCGGCACUUCUCUUUUGGAUAUUAUCCCGUCGUUGGACGCCUUCUGACAAAUGGCCCAUUUAGCUUGGGGCUUGUGGAAUGUUGGCUAUCUAUCCUCGCAAGCACAACGACAUUGGACAUAAAUUGUGGAUUGUUGUCAGUACGACAGCUUGAUGGGUGGACACUUGGCUUUCAGUAACGAUUCCCGAAUUGCUGCGCUCAGUUCAGCAUCAUGUUUUUCUUUCUUUUUUUUCGUUUUGAAGUAUGUUCCACGGGUUUUCUCUCUUCCCCCAACCCCCUUUUUUCAUUUUUGGUGUCAGAGUAGGAUACUUGCCGUUUUGUUCAAUGGUAAAACAAAAAAACAAAAACAGUCAGUCUCCGACAGCGCAACUAGAUCAUACUUUGUUUGUACAGAAGCAACAACAGAUUGUUGCGGUCUCUUAUUAGAAGACAAUUCCUUUUAUCAAUCCUUUGAAUUCCA